AUGUCCGAACUCCAUACGAACAAUGACAACCACCACCACAACAACGAAUACAAUUACCUUUCUGGCGGCAGUUGCAUUCUUCGCAAUAAUCAUCAUGAUUUUGAUCAAACUGUCAUUUAUACCUUUGGAAUCCGACCCUUGGAACCCUUGUUGGACGAAUUGUUGCCCAAACGAUGGCAGCAAAUGUGGGAAAUGGAAACAAGCACCACCACAGCAUCAUCCCGAAGAAGCAGCAGCAGCAACAACAACAACAACAGUGACAAGAAUGACUAUACAGCAGUAUGUUGCCGCAAUGAUCCAAGUUUGUGA